AUGGUUACUACGCUCUUGUGGUUAUGGUUAAUACUGCUCGCUCCGUGCAUUGAAGGAGGCGAGCGAAAUAUACAGCACUUCGUGAAAAUAGACGUGGCAAAAAUUAACAUCAAGAACACGACUGAUACGGUUGGGAAUGUAAGCUCAACAACACUUACCAGUGAGCCAGUCACGGAGUCGUCUACCAAGCCGUCCACGACCGAAGGUACUACAACAAGUGCCUCUUCUCCAACAACCAGCAAGACAACUGCAACGGGGGAAACAACUGUCACCACGGAAAGUACAUCGGCGACUAGUACUUCUACAGCAAUGCCUACUUCGAAUCCAACGGAAGUUUCAUACCCAUCGUUCAAAGCAGGUCGUGCUGCAAAGUUGGUGCCGAAAGGAUACUACUGCCGAUGUGAUUUAACGAUUAACGUGUGUGACAUAAACUGUUGUUGUGAUAUCGAUUGCAAUGUGGCCAUCUUGCGUACGUACAAUUGCGAUCAGGAGCAAUUACACGCGGACGAGUAUCAUCACGGCGAAGGAUUGCAAUCGUGCCGCGUGCAGGGUGGAUUGUUCUGUCUUGUUGAGCCCAUCUACGAAGAAGGAGAUGAUAAUUACUACAACCCGGGCAGGCUUUCCACUGCCACCCGGCACAAAUGGAAGGAAGUGUUUCCGUUGGAGAAUCCCGCAUCAUCGGAAGAUAUCCGUUUCGAUCACUACCGUGUAGAUGAUGUCAUUUACGUCUACAACGAGACAAGCGAAUUGGUGCAAUUGUUUGCGCUUCCUGUCUCACUCGCUGGGGGUGUAUGUCACAUCGAACAACCUGUACGCUUCCUGCAGGACCGCACUAACCUUUGCCGACGAACGGUGGAUGAGUUGACCGAGUUUAAUCGAGCCUUUUUUCGCCACACGUCCGCAUCGGUACGGUUCUUCCGUACACCCAAAAAGUCCACCGUUAUGGAGCACUACUGUGUGGAGGAAGGAGAUUGUCUGAAUGCUACCAUAUCCGUUUGCUAUUAUACUGCCGGAGAUGGUUGGAACUGUUCACUGGCGAAUGCUAACAUAACCGAUGCAACGGCUUCCGUGGAUGAAGCGUUCGAGGAAGAUCCUGGCACCAUUUGCCGAGAGCUUGAAAUGUUGUUUUACCACAACUACACAAACCUUCAGCGGGUUCAAAUGAAGCUUCUCUGUAGACCCGCUUUUCCGGACGGAGAGCUUUGGAUGGAAAACGUGUGGCAACGUAUUAUUGUUAAGUUCAUCGUCCUAUCAGCUAAUACGAAAACGGAUUUAGCCCGCGCUGUCAGUGGUAACAUAGGCUAUCUCGUGGGGAAACCUUUGAUUGUGUCCCAUCUGGAGCUUGUUGCAAACGGAACCAUUCCGCCUGAAGAAUCGCCAUCGGAAAAUCCUCCAAAGCGUAUGCUAGCUUACUUUACUAACGGAACACGCUUACCGGACGCUUCCUUUCGCCUGCGCAUCCCAAUUAGUCGAAGAAAUCAUUGCGUGUUGACUGAAGAAUAUCACCAAACGAUCGAUUUCGGAACGGAUAUGUUUCACCGGUGUAACUACAUUCCGCCGAAUGUAACCAAUCAAACUACCGGAGGUGUUCAAAAUUAUACCAAAUUUUGUCAGGAUCUUCAGGCGGGAUUGUACGCCCAAUUGCUACAUGGGAUUAACCCGGACAUUUCCUUGUCGCGAGCAGAAGGAUACGAUAAGCUUAAUCUAUACGUUUCAAAGUAUGGUAACCCGAUCAAUCGUACCACCGAAUGGGUGCGUGUCCGUUCCACCAAUUUUAUCCUCGAAGCUGAACCCGGUUCCGAUUCAUCCGAGCCCAAUACCGAUGCCACCGACGGUUACUUCACCUGCAGCAAUAUGCUCAUCAACGUGGAGUACCGAUACUAUUACGCCCGGACACGUGUUCGUGACGUUCGGCAUCAGGCGAUCGUACAUGACGCCGAGAUUGUGUUUGGACCGCGUGUAAAUUUGCGCUUCCGGUUGGAUGAAGAGAUUCGCGUGCCGAUCUUCAUACAGGUUCAAUUUUUCGAUCUAACAUCAUCCUCGGUAGCAGCGGUGGCAGGAUUGAGCGAGCUUUUGAUACGUUUUGGUGCGUUGUUUUACGUGCUCUCAGUACAAAGGAGAACUUCCACGGGAUGUUUGUGAACAAGCCGCUAACAUAAUGCUAAGAUUUAAAAGAUUGCUAUGUAAGAUAAGUAAAGCGUGAAUAGAGUGAAGUAUUAUUAGAUUUGAAAAACUGUUUUCAGAUUACACAUUUCUUAUUUCCGAAUGCGACAGGUAAGUGAUCUUCCAGCGUAGGCUCCUCAUUCGUUAUGCAUCUGUCCACUAGAAAGCCAAUCGGCUUUUUCUAGGAAGCUCACCAAAUGCUUCUUGGCCUGCAGGCAAUUAGGGAAUAAAUACCAUAGAACCAAUAAAGCCUAAAGAGAAUGAGAUAGUAUCCGGGCC